AGUGACAUAGUCAGCCAUAGAAGAUACAUAGGUGCUACAUAGGGAGACAUGGGUAGUGUCAGCAUGUUGGUGGUGUGUGUUGCUGUGAUCUUCUGUCUGGUCUCAGUGAGUCAGACGGCGCCUUCUUCUCAAACCUGUGAGAAGCUCCUGAAACCCCUUGAGAUGAAGACCACUGAUCUGCUCUUAGGGAAGUGGUCCUUGUUAGCCGCGAGUAACAACCGACCAGGUCUGAGGACUGUAAAUGAGCUUUUCACGGAAAACGUCUGGUGGGAAUUCUUGCCGGGAAAACGCAGCAACAUGGUCACUGCCAACGGUUACGCAAAAAUGGUAGAAUGUGGUCGUUACAGCGCCAGUUUAACUCUGGAAAACAACCAGCUGAGCUGGAUGUACAUUCCAUCACUGUCUUCCACUGCUGUGUUGCUGCCUACCUGUCCGGACUGUCUGGUGACCCUGAUAACCAGCACCAUCAAUGGAAACGUCUACACUGCUCUGAGAAUCUUCAGUAAGAGAAGAGUGCUCACUGAUGCCGAAAUGCUGGAGUUUGAUACGCAGGUUGAAUGUCUCAACUUACCAGCUAGAUACACCUUCAGCACUGAAGAAGAUCUCUGUCCAGCCACCUCUAAACAAUAUCCUGACGUGACCGAUUUUAAGAAGAGUCUAGUGGACUUCAUGGAGAUAUAUCCAGUGAAAAAGCUGUUGAGAACAACUGAUCAUUUCUUCGAAAAGAGAUACAGUGCAGUUGUAUUGAACUGUUUUCAACGUGUUGGUCAGACAUUUGGUAAACUGAAGGACUGGUUUUUCAGCUUCCUGUAGGUUUUCAGUCCAACCCUAACCUCACAUAGCUGAUUCACCUGAUUAAUGUCUUUGCGUCAAACAUGCAGAAUCAGAUGUGCUUGGUUGCCUGUCAUCUUCAAGAACAGUUGAAUGUUCUGAAGGUGUUCCAAGAACCCUUUAUGAUGUGAGGAGCUCUAGAACCCUUUGAUCUUUGAAUGGUUGCUCCAGAAACCCACCAUGAAUGAUUCCAUCAACAUUUACAAUUAAAUUGAUUGUGACAACCCAA